AUGGGUCAAUUAUCACUAGUAUUGUUAUCACUACUACUGCCAGUCACACUUGCCAAUGUGUACAGUUGCGCUGGUUUCGUCAAAUCCUCGUCUUCAAUCGACUUUUCGGAUUUGAAGUUCCAGGUAAAACUUCUAACUCUCGAAGGUCAUCUGAAGCACGAGGAGGAGGUGAAUCCAUCGAAUGGAUAUUUUAUGAUACCGGUUUACAAUAAAGGAUCUUAUACUUUGAAAGUCGCCUCUCCAGCAGGAUAUUAUUUCGAGCCAGACACUAUCGAAAUCAAGAUCGAUGGCAAGACAGACGCGUGCUCCAAUAACGAGGAUCUAGUCUUCAAGCUCACCGGAUUUUCAGUUCGGGGAACUGUCGACGGAGCUCCAGCGGGUCUAUCGCUGGUCUUGACCCAAAAUGGGAAGCAAGUGGAUUCCACGAAGACGUUUGAGGGUGGAAAAUACGAGAUGAGAGCGCCGCCAGGAAAGUAUGAAGUGUCAACUGGAGCCGAUGCUUCUGAGUGUAUUGCUAGAGGAAAAGCCACUGUGGAAGUGAAGGAUUCUCCAGUUGUCGUCACGCCGAAUCUCAAAAUCUCUGGAUACCAAUUGGAAAUUGCCACGAAGAACAUGGAACAUCAUCCAUUCACAGAUGCUGUCAUGACACUCUAUGCCACCUCAUUUAUUGAUCUUCCAAACGUAAAAUGUGAAACUAGUGAAGGCGCACACGAUGUACCAACCACUCAUAAUGUCCGAUGUGCGCUUGGAAAGACAGAUCCACGUGGAAGACUCACCGUACCAUGCGUGCCAUCUGGAAAAUACUAUCUGCAGCCGACACAUGAGGAUGGAGUCACUUCAAUCUCAUUUGCUCCAAGAACAGGACUUAUUGAGAUUACACAACAAGCGAAUGAGGUGAGUUUAAGAAUUCGAAUUUCCCAAAACCGAUCCUAUGACUUUCAGGCCGUCUUCCAAGCUGCCUCCGCCACUGGUCGUGUCCGUGUCCUCUCCAAAGAUCUUCCUCUCUCCAACGUGGAGGUCGUCGUAAAUGGACAGAAGAGUGGAAAAACCGAUUCUCAGGGCCACUUCACUCUGGAGAACCUUAAGGAAAACGAGCACACAACUGUUACUGCUACCGCCCCACAUACUCAUUUCAACACUGUCCAAGUGAAUGUGCAAUUCCCACGUGUCAGUGUAGAAGACGUUCGGGUACAGAAGUUUGAUAUUUGUGGACAAAUGGAGAAGACCGAGGAGGGCAAGUUGGAGAAGCUCACUUUCACUAGAAAAGAUGAUAAGAGAUCGUUGGAAAUCACCCCGAAAUCGGAUGGGAGCUUCUGCCAAGCAGUCAGCCCUGGACAAUUCACAAUUGAACCCACUGAUAAGGCAUCUUCCCUGACGCCACGCCUUCUGGAAGUUGACGUUCUCACCAAGCCAGUCACCAAUCUCCGGUUCACCCACUUCAAAACCAACGCUAACGUUCAUGUCUCUUGCAUUGGAGCCUGUCCAACAUCCACGAUUUCUCUUUUCCUUCCUGGACAGACCCUAGUUCGAAGUGUCAAAGGGACAGAUGUCUUUGUAUUCGAGAAUAUUGGCCCAGGAACUUAUAGUGCUCGUUUGGAUGAUAAUGGAAGAGGAUGUUGGGAGCAAUCUGAGAUGACGUUGAAGGUAGAACAAAGUAAGACACAGCCGACGAUCCAUUUCAAGCAAAAUGGAUUUGCUGCACAGAUUGAGAUAUCGCAUCCAGCAAAGAUUGAAUGGUCCAACGUGGAUCGCAAACAACUUGCCGGAAAAACUGAAACCAAAGGUGGAGAAGUCAUCUCGAUCUGCGUUCCAACAUCUGGUGUCUACGAUAUCUCCCUGGAUUCAUGCUACAAAUUCGAUCAACAACAAUUCAAGCUCACUGUUCCAUUUGAUGGAGUUCACAAGGAGAAAGCAAUUGCUGCUCGGAUUACAGGACAAAUUGACUUGGAAAAUGACAAGAGUGCUGGAGUCUCUCUCCGUGUCAAGUCUAGUGCAGGAGAUCGUGAAAUUCAAGUUUCAACGAAUGAAAACGGCAAAUUCGAAUUUGAAGAGCCCCUGGCCAGCUCUGGAGAACAAAUGCUUAUGGUUCCAUCUUCGAAGCUCCGCCUCUUUGAACCAACAUCCAAAAUCAUCACAAUCACUGGAAAAUGUAUUGAUAACGCUGUUGUUUUCAAGUCGUUCCGUGGAAUCUUCCUCGAUGGAUCCAUCAAGCCAGCUGUGGAGAAUGCAGCUGUAAAGGCUGUUUUGAAGACGGAUAAGGAUGUUGUGAUUGAGACAGUGUCUGGAAAGGACGGAAAAUUCAGAAUCGGCCCAGUCAAACGCAUUGAAGACUACGACAUCACCGCCACCCUUGACGGCUUCAAAUUCUCACCGACAUCCACCCCAGGCCACUUUGGCUCUGUCAAACUCUCGCAACUCUCUAUCAAAGUCGCCGAUGAGGUCACCAAUGAGCCACUCGACGGAGUUUUGUUGUCUCUUGUCGGCGGAAAAGGGUCCGACUAUCGAUCCAACAACGUUUUGGAUGCCACGGCUCAGAAGAACUUCGUCGCUCUGGCACCAGGAGAGUACUUCGUUCGAGCCAUUCUUCAGGAAUACAAGUUCUCCCCAUCCACCUCUACCAUCUCUGUCAAGGAAGGACAACACGAGAAUGUGGUUCUGAAAGGAAAGCGAGUUUCAUUCUCAGCGUACGGAAAGAUGAGAGAAAUGUCUGCGAACGCUGUGUCCGACGUCCUCAUCGAGGCAUUGUCCCAAGGAUGUGAUCUCCAUCAAUCAGAAGCCACGACAUCUUCAGAUGGAACAUUCAGAAUUCGUGGACUUCUUCCAAACUGUGAAUACAACGUGUAUGCCAAGGCCUACGUUGAUGGCGCUAAUGCACCACACACCUUCCCAAGACAAUUCACAGUUUCGAUGACUCCAGAAGACGUCAAAGGCUUGGAGUUCAUUGCAACGAAGACUGUCAAAACUACCGAUAUCUCUGUGGAAAUUGGAAUGGAAAGUGUCCCAGAGGUUCAGUCAGUAAGGGUGGUGAUCACCAAGAACGACAAUGAGCACAUUCAAACUGCCACCGUCGUUGCUCCUCAAUAUCUUCACUACCUGGUGAACUUGCCACGCGACGGAGAGGAAUAUGCGAUUCGUGUGGAGCCAGAAAGGCCAUCACAAGCAUUCAACGCUAAGACGGUCCGAGUUGUGGCUGAUGCGGCGAUGAAGGUGGCACGUGUUCCAUUGACGACGUCCAAGAAGUUGAAUGACGUGGAUAUCAGUGUGGGAAGUCUUCUGUCUCUGCCGUUCUUUGUCUCGUUGGCACUGAUCUUCUUCAAUCAGAAUCGCGUGCUGGAAUAUCUGGAACUCUUCCUCGACUUCUCGCGCAGCACAUUCCGACCUGCCACUCCGGAUAAUCACAGAAGACGUCGAUAG